AUGUCAUCAACGACUGCCAAAGUUCCAACACUUUUGAAUACGACUUUCUUAACCUCAGGACUUAGUCGCGGACUCUUUGAAUUUGUUACGAAAGUCGCAGAUGCAAGAAGUAAACAGGAAGAGGAUCUCUAUGUGUCAGAGGAACUCCUCUCCCUGACAAAGAAACUAUCAAAACCUGAAAUUUCUUCAGUGGGUGUACAAACAAUUAUCUGUUUAUUGUUCAUUGGACUCGGAUUGAUUUGGAACUUGCUAAUUGAAUUUCCUUUGUCUGUUUUAUCUUCAUCACCCCCCACAUUUGUGGAUCAGAAAAAGAUGAAAGACUAUAUAAUUCGCUUAAUUUAUUGUGACAUGUUAGGACAUAAUGUCGAAUUCGGCUAUAUUCACGCUGUCAAGCUGGCCCAAAGUGGAAAAAACAUAUGGGAGAAGCGGGCUGGAUAUCUCGCGUGCUCUUUAUUUCUUUAUGAAACUCAUGAGCUGAGCAUAAUGCUCAUCAACACGGUUCAAAAGGAUUUAAAGAGUAGUAAUGAGCUAGAAGUUAACGCAGCGAUAUCAGCUCUUUGUAGCUUACUCUAUCCGGAGAUGAUACCAGCAGUCAUUCAACUCAUCGAAGGAGCACUUAAACAUUCAAACGACUCUGUCAGAAGAAAAGCAGUGAUGGUCUGCCAACGGUUAUAUCGUAUUGCACCCGAUACCAUAUCCCAUCUUGAAGACACCUUUCGAGAGAUACUAGCCAAUAAAGAUUAUGGUACCCUCAGUGCUAUUCUUUGCUUAUUUUCGGAUCUAGUUCAGGAUAAGCCCGAGAAAUAUAAAGACAUCGUUCCGACGUUAAUAAGCAAAUUAGAACAAGUUAUUGAUCGAUGGUUGCCCAGAGCUUACGAUUACCACGGUGCAUCCGCUCCUUGGAUUCAAAUUAAGCUCGUGAGAAUUCUGGGACUAUUGGCCAAGGACGAUGAAGAAAUAAGUCAGGAGAUAGAGCCAUUGAUUAUUCGCGUACUGAGAAAAGCGGAGGAUGGCGUGGAUGCGGCAUAUGCCAUAAUAUUUGAAUGCAUCCGUUCUCUCUCUCUUUUACAUCCACGCGUACUUCCCUCCCUCGUAAACAAGUCUGGGACACAGAAUCCUCUCAGCAUCAUAGCGCGCUUUCUCAAAUCGCAUAAUCACAACUUGAAAUAUCUAGGAUUGACUGCUCUUCAACAGGUUGACCCUGUCUGGUGGACAGAAGGCGGAUGGUGGGGUGAAGAGCAGAUGAAUGUGAUUGUGGACUGUCUCGAGGACAAAGAUGAGACUUUGAAAAAGAAGACUUUAGACAUUCUUUAUAAAAUGGUCAAUUUGCAAAAUGCAACCGUAAUAGUAGAUAGAAUGAUCGACGCGAUAGGUUCUGCGUUGACACCGGACAAUUUUCUGAGAAAGGAACUCGUUAUCAGAGUGGUCGAUAUUUGUGGAAAAUAUCCUUUAAAUCCUUUUGUACGACUAUUAAACUGGCUUGUGGCUACGUUAAUCAAGCUGCAUGACGUGGCUGGUGAUUUGAUUUGUUAUGACCUUUCUGAUAAAAGUUUUAGGAUUAUAAUCAAAGGGUCUGAGGAUAUGUCCAGUAACGAAACUUUACAGAUGACAGCUGUAAAGGAAUCUAUCAAGAUUUUAGAAAGGGAUAAACAACAUCUUAAUAGAAAUCUGAUUAUCUUUGUAGUUCGGGUACUUGGGGCAUGUAUUGAAUAUCAUGAAGAUUCUAAAAAUGUGAUAGAUAGGCUUUACUCGGUGUUGGAAAAUACAAGAGAUGCCGAGGUUCAGGCUUACACAAUAAACUCACUAUUAAAAUGUGUAGCAACGACAAAAGAGUGUCCAGAGAAGGUUCUAGAUGCAGUCAGAAAAUGCUAUAGAUCAACCUCUGUAUACGUUAGACAGCAAAGUAAAGAAUUUCUAGAGUUAUACAAUAGCGCCAUAUUAUUUAAUAAGGUGGUCUUGGGAAAGAGCAACAUUAAGAAUGAUCAACUGUUCAUAUUUGAUGAAAAACUUUCCUUUCUAGACAGCUAUGUCCAAGACGCGUUAAACAAUGGCGCUAAACCCUAUUCUCCCGUCCCUGUUACGCGGACGCAUGUAUCUGAAGCAGAUAAGAAACAGUUGGAAAUCCGUUAUGAGGCAUACGAAAAACCGUCAAUCCCAGUAUAUCGUAAACCCAACCUCUCUGUCCGAACCGAUUCCGCCACUAAUGUGCCCAUUUCUAGUUGGACUCCGAAUAUCACGCCGGGUCAAUUGGCACGGAUGAGUUUCUCUCAAGAAUCCGUGUUAGGUCGAGAGCAUGACGAAUUUGAUGGAAGUCAGCAUCGUCAGUCAAUAGCAUCAUCCGUGUCAUCCCCGAUAUCAAAGACGUUUGCAACUGUAGUUGAACAAAAGUGGAGUCGCGCUGGAUAUAGACCAGUAAUUGCAAAAUUAGGGCCAUCUUCACCACCGUUGUCAACUAGCUCAAAUGAAGAGUCUCACUUGGCAUCGGCCACUGUACAGGCAACUGUCAAGCCCAUCAAGACAUCGAUGACAUCCAAGGAUCCUAGUGUAGAGAAAACCCAGUUGGUGUCAGCUUUGUUCAGUGGUUUGGGGUCAGGUUCAAGGACACGCUUGAGCCAAGAAUCGAGCAAUUUAUCACGUCAAAACCUCAUCGACUUUGAUACCGCUAGCAUACGACCGAUGAUUGCUAUUAUGCCUCACCUUAGCCCGGUCCAAAUGACGACACGAGAAUUUGGUUUACUUUGGGUGAAUCUAUUACAUGAAUCAUGUAUAGUCACCAAUAAAUCGCAUACAUUAGAGUCCUUGAGACGGCAACUUGAAGAGGAAGGACGUUUCGGAAUCGUAGAAAGCAAAGGUUCUGAAAUUAUUGCUGGUGCACAUGUGGUACACCCAUCAUUGAAAAAAGACGCUGGCGCUGCAAAUCUUGUGUUGUUACACUUUAAGAUUAAAGACGACGGGCGCGUGCAAUUCACCGUUAAAUCUAACGUUAAUGGGAUUCCGGAAACGAUUGGGAGAGAACUUGACAAGUAA